GUCCGUUGCUAAGGCCGCGCAGCCUUAGCGACUAAGCGCCCGGCGGCCGCCGCGCAGGCGCCGUGGCGGACUCCGGUGCACUGUGGGAUGGAAACUCGAGCGGCGAGUCUAGGCGGGACCGGGCGGCGGCGGCGGGGCCGGCGGCGGCCAGGGACCCGGGCUUAGGCUCGGCCGGGCCGGCUGAGGGGCGCGGGCGGCCAGCCGGGCAGCGGGUGCCGCCAUGAACGCGACAGUGGUGAGGCGGACGCAGGAGUCGCUGGGGAAGGUGAUCCGGAGGCCGCCGCUGACAGAGAAGCUGCUGAGCAAGCCCCCAUUCCGCUACCUGCACGACAUCAUCACAGAGGUAAUUAGAAUGACUGGUUUCAUGAAGGGCCUCUACACAGAUGCUGAGAUGAAGUCUGAUAAUGUUAAGGAUAAAGAUGCAAAAAUUGGCUUCCUACAGAAGGCCAUAGAUGUGGUCAUGAUGGUUUCAGGAGAGCCAUUGUCAGCAAAACCAGCCAGAAUUGUGGGCGGGCAUGAGCCUGAAAAAACAAAUGAGCUGCUCCAGCUAAUUGGAAAGUGCUGUCUCAACAAGCUCUCCAGUGAUGAUGCAGUGAAGAGAGUUUUAGCUGGAGAGAGGGGAGAUGUGAAAGGAAGGGCCUCCCUGACCUCAAAAUCUCAAGAAUUGGAUAAUAAGAAUGUGAGAGAAGCAGAAUCCAGAGUUCAUAAAGAGGAUAGAAGAACCUCUGAAAUAAAAGAGAGAAAUAUAAGCGGAGAUCGAAAACAGAAAGAAGAAUUGAAAGAAGAGAACAAGCCAAGAGAAAAAGAAAGGAACAAGGAGAAGAUCAAGGAGAAUGACAGAGAUAGACAUAAAGACUCUGAGAGAGACAGAUAUAGAGAAGGAGAAAGAGAAAAAACCAAAGCCAGGGCCAAGCAGGAGAGAGAGAGGGGCAAAGACAGAGGCAACAAAGACCAGGACAAAGAUUUAGAACAUGAGAAGGAGAGAGAGAGAAAGACUGAGGGAGGAAAAGAAAAGGAAAGACUGAGAGACAGGGACAGAGAGCAUGAUCGAGACAAGGGAAGGGACAGGGACAGACGGAGAGUGAAAAAUGGGGAGCACUCUGGCGACCCUAACAAGGAGAAGAGCAGAGAGCAUGAUAAACCAGAGAAAAAGUCAGCAAGCUCAGGGGAGAUGUCUAAAAAGUUGUCAGAUGGAUCUUUUAAAGACUCCAAAGCUGAAACAGAGACUGAGAUUCCCACUAGAGCAUCCAGGUCAUUGACAACAAAAGCAUCAAAACGGCGAUCCAAAAAUUCAGUGGAAGGAAGGAAGGAGGAUAAUAUUUCAGCUAAAAUUUUAGACUCCAUAGUGUCUGGAUUAAAUAAUGAACCAGAUCAGGAAACUACAACUUCAGGAAUAGGAUCAAACGAAGCUAAUCUUAACUCAACUAGUAUUGCAGAUGAUAAUUCAACUAGUCUGUGGCGUGAGAGUAUUGAGCCAGACCCAGCAGUGAAGCAGAAAGGUGACUCCCCCAGUGAUGCAGAAGGAGAAGUGGGACCUACUGGCCAAGAUAAGUCUGAAGUGUCAGAAAAUUCAGAAAUCCCUAAUGAACUUUCUUCCAAUGUCAGAAGAAUACCUCGGCCUGGGAGUGCAAGACCUGCGCCUCCCCGGGUCAAACUACAAGAAAGUGCAGAAGCAUUACCAAUAGAUAGGACAGGGAGUGGUAAAGCCGUCGCAAAUGUGAUUAUAGAUUCACAGAAUUGUGACAACGAAGAGGAUGAUCAGUUUGUGGUGGAAGCUGCCCCUCAGCUCUCCGAAAUGUCAGAAAUUGAAAAGGUACCAGCAGUAGAAUUAGAAGAAGAAGAGAAGCAUGGUGGACUUGUGAAAAAAAUUUUGGAGACUAAGAAAGAUUAUGAGAAAUUGCAGCCAUCACCCAAACCUGGAGAGAAGGAGAGAUCGCCCAUCUUUGAGUCAGUGUGGAAGAAGGAGAAGGACAUUGUUUCCAAGGAGAUAGAGAAGCUUCGUGUGUCCAUCCAGACCCUGUGCAAGAGUGCACUUCCCCUGGGGAAGAUCAUGGACUACAUCCAGGAAGACAUGGACGCCAUGCAGAAUGAGCUGCAGCUGUGGCACAAUGAAAACAGGCAGCACGCGGAGGCCCUACAGCAGGAGCAGAGUAUCACAGACUGUGCCGUGGAGCCAUUAAAGGCCGAGCUGGCAGAACUGGAGCAGCUAAUCAAAGACCAGCAAGACAAGAUCUGUGCUGUGAAGGCCAACAUCCUCAAGAAUGAAGAAAAAAUCCAGAAGAUGGUGUAUAGUAUCAAUUUGACUUCUAGAAGGUGAACACUCAAAAGUUCAGAGAUGAAAAAUCACCUCAGAUUUAAAGUAAAAAGGAAGAUAGAAAAUCAUUACUCUUUGAGUUCCAGUUUGCAAGAAAAUGAACAGUUUACAAUGUUAUUAUCCAACUAAUGUUCAGAGGUUUAAAACUUUAGACAUAUUAAGUAUAUAAAAAGACUGUUUCCUUACCUCCUUCCAGCUGGAAUACUUGCUAAUUAUAAGUAGCUCUUCCAAACAA